AUGGCGGCUGCAGCAGCGGCGCUGCUGGCGGCGGCGGCGGCGCUGCUGGCGCCGGGCUCGCCGUGGGCGCACGGGCAGGACGCGUGGGGCGCCGGCAGGCGCGCGGCGCCGCCGCGGGGCCGCAUGGACCAGGCGCUGCUGCUCGUGCACAACGCGCUGCCCGCCGAGGGCCUGCGCCUCUCGGCCCUCUCGGCCGCCUGCUACCAGUGCUCCCCUCAGCUCCUGGCCUUCAUCCCCGCCUCCAACGGGAGCUCGAGGAGAGCGAGCACGGCGGCGGUGGCUGUGGACACCCAGCAUCCGCUCACCCUGCAGCUCGACGGCUUCUCCGAAAACAGAGCGCUCUGCAAGAUUCACUAUCAUUUUGGAGAAUCUGGCAACUAUUCUCUCGAGGUAAAGAUCCAAAGUGGGAGCACCCAAACAGUUUCUUGUGACCUAAGUGUCAAUGAAGACCCUAUCAACAGCUACCUCCCUAUUCUGUUUGCGUUCCUGGUUUACACGGGCAUCCUUGCGCUCGUGAUUGCUGGACACCUUCUCAUGAAAAUCGAUCCAGUCAGGAACUGGGUUUGCAAGAGACUGAACCCUAGAGAAACAGAACGUGUGAUUAAUUCCGAGCCUGGGUCCCCAAACAGAGUGGACUCCCCGAGCAGUGACCUCUCCUGCCAGCGCCUGUGGAGCAGCGUCCCGCGGCAGCGGCUGCGCUCCCUGGACACGUUCCGAGGGCUCUCUCUCAUAAUUAUGGUGUUCGUUAACUAUGGAGGAGGAAAAUACUGGUUCUUCAAGCACGAGAGCUGGAACGGAUUAACAGUGGCCGAUCUUGUUUUUCCAUGGUUUGUGUUCAUCAUGGGGACAUCAGUAUCGCUGUCUCUGAGCUCCAUGCUGAGACGGGGAAGUUCCAAGAAGAAGGUGCUCUUGAAGAUCCUCUGGAGGAGUUUUCUGCUAAUCCUGCUGGGGAUCGUAGUUGUGAAUCCCAAUUACUGCCUUGGACCGUUGUCCUGGGAUAAUCUGCGCAUUCCCGGGGUGCUGCAGAGGCUGGGAUUCACAUACCUUGUGGUUGCUGCUCUCCAACUCCCGUUUUCAGGAACUGCGGCUGAGAAUGUGCCGGAGAUGCCACCUCCGGCUCUGCAGGAUAUUCUCCCCUACUGGCCGCAGUGGGUUUUCCUUUUGACAUUAGAAGCGAUUUGGCUCUGCCUGACCUUUUUGUUACCAGUGCCAGGCUGCCCCAGGGGCUACCUUGGUCCGGGGGGCAUCGGCGAUUUUGGGAAGUAUCCUAACUGCACUGGAGGAGCAGCCGGUUACAUCGAUCGGUUGCUUCUUGGAGAAAAACACAUAUAUCAACACCCCUCGUCAAGCGUGCUUUACCAAACAAAAAUGCCCUAUGACCCUGAGGGCAUCCUGGGAACCAUAAACUCCGCUGUGAUGGCAUUUCUGGGACUGCAGGCAGGAAAAAUUAUCUUGCUGUACAAAGACCAGCACAAGCAAAUUAUGAGUCGAUUCUUCAUAUGGAGCAUAGUAAUGGGAAUUAUUUCUGCUGCCUUGACAAAAUGUUCUAAAAAUGAAGGCUUUAUUCCCAUAAAUAAGAAUCUAUGGUCAAUAUCGUACGUGACAACCCUGAGCUGCUUUGCCUUCAUCCUCCUCCUGCUGAUAUAUUACCUGGUGGAUGUUAAGAGGCUGUGGUCAGGUGCUCCGUUUUUCUACCCAGGAAUGAACUCGAUCCUGGUCUACAUUGGGCAUGAAGUAUUUCAAAACUAUUUCCCUUUCAAGUGGAAGAUGCAAGACAGUCAAUCGCACGCAGAGCACCUGAUUCAAAACCUUACUGCGACAACUCUUUGGGUCCUAAUCUCCUAUGUACUCUACAGGAAGAGGAUAUUCUGGAAAAUCUGAUGGAGUGGGCAAAGACUCCGACGGGAAAGCACGUAAAGUGGAUUAGCCUGAAGAUCUGGCACUUCUGCUAGGCUGUAUUACUAAAAAGGGAUCCUAAUUCCAAUUCACAGUCCCAUGGAAGCUGCUUUCACGAGUUUCAAGGGACCUAAGGGACUGUAAGCGCCUGUUUAGCAAAAAGUUGCUAACCUGCUGCAGUUGUUUGGUCUGUUUCCUGCAUUUUGUAUAUGUUUUACUGAUCUCUCUUUUGUAUUGAUAAACUGAAUAUAAUGCAGAUAAUUGAUAAACUGAAUAUAAAGCAGUUGGGCAGUUAAUGUGGCCCGACAGUGCUCACGAAGGGAACUACAAGGGGUCUGAGGUGGUCACUGUGUGUGAUGAUCCAGCGGGGACUUUGGUAGCAGUUGUUACAUCUUACGAGGCUCCAACUCACGUGUCUGGGGUUUGUGAAAGCUCUCGACCCCUGCAGCUUCCUGGUGCCACUCUGGCUCCUGGCACACAUUUCACGCUGCCGUCUUUUUGACUUGGGAGCGUGGGCUGCAUCCUGGCCCUGCGCUUGCCUAUGGAGGCGCAGUGACUGUCUGGGAAAGCUCACAGGUUGCCCACGCUGAGCUCCUCCAAGAGAAGCGCUCCCACCCGUAGUUCUUCGCUGUGCUGGCGCUAGGUCUUGGAUCGAAGCUCCGGCUUUAGGGUCCCGCUGAAACGUCUUGCCAAAGAUCUCCCCUAACGAGUUAUUAAUUGACAUGUAACUGCUGCCCUGGUGGGUGUAGAGGCCGCUGU